GGGGGAGUUGGCUAGAUGUCCUCUUGCCAUGCAGAGCGCGGCUUCAACGCUAUCUUUGAGCAACGACAAGGUCUCUUCUAGUUCAGAGUCUGGUGACUCAGAUGAUCCAUAUGAUUAUAACAAGUGUACGAAACUUCCUUUUCCCUCUGACGCCAUGCAAUCGUGGAAGUCUUUGUACCGCAACCAGGAAAUGGUUGAUAUCACUUUACUUAUUGGCGGUAGCAAGACAGAAUUCAAAGCUCACAAAUUGGUGCUGUGUGCACACAGUGACGUUCUAAAGAAAAUGUUGACUAGUCCAAUGAAGGAAGCUCAAGAGAAUACAAUCGAGUUUCCUGAAGUUGAUGGAACAGCAUUCGGAGCACUUCUUGAGUUUUUCUACACAGGAAACGUUCCAGUCGACAAAUCCUUUAUAUGUGAACUCAUAGAGCUUUGUGAUUACCUUCAAGUUACAAAUCUCAAACAACGUUGUUGCAAAUGGCUGCAUGAAAAUCUGGUAGUAGAAGAUGCAUGUGAAUAUCUUAUGUUUUCCUCCAAGCCUUCAGCUGACGAGCAGCUCUAUAAGAAUUGUUUCCAAUGGAUUGAAGAUCACGCCGCUAUAGGUGUUUGCACGAAUGGUUUUGCAAAGCACAUGACGGCAAAAGAAGUAGAAAAAAUUGCUGCUAGUGACCACCUGAAUCUUGAUGAAAUCCAGCUGUUUGAGGGAAUCAAGCGAUGGAUUGAGUAUGAUGAUUCAAGACACGAAGAUGGUGUACACCUAACAAAAUAUCUGCGCUUACCAAUGAUGAACACAAGAGAUUUGCUGGGUUGUGUGCAAAGUAGUGGUUUUGUCGCACCCGAUGCUAUUCUUAAAGCUCUUACAUCCUUGCAGCAACCCUUGGAUUGCAAUCCGUAUGAAAUCAACUCACCUUAUACUGAGUUACGAGUGCCGUCUGCACGUCUUGCAAGAUCCAUGCCUUCAUUUACGUGGCAAUUGAAACGACCAACAUCCUCUAAAGAUGUCUCACCUGCUCCUACCAUCUUUACACAUUCCAACCGUGCUGUUUUAGGAAGAUCAGAAAGACUGCUUACUUCUAAGCCACUGCCGAUUCCAAGUUGUGUACAUGUUCAGCUCACCACCAAAUCAACAGUCAAUCGUAGACUUACAGUUGGACUUUUCAUUUUACCUUCUGCUCAAGCGUCACUUCAGCAGAAUCAAUUGUCGCUAGGUCGACUAAGGCCACAACAAAUGCAGCAGCCUGUUGGCCCUAGUGGUAGUGCACUACGGUGUGGAGUGCGGCUAAAUGACGCAACUCUCAGUAUGUUUCAUACGUUCAGCUCUGUCUCGUUUCCUGUAGGCUGCAUUGUAGCAUUGAAAUUCCACAUCACGUUGCAAGAGGUGUACAUACACCUAGAUGGCGCUGUAAUACUGCGAAUGCCCUUGAUUCUAGAAUCAUGCUGCUCUAACUUGCCACUGUUUGGAACUCCUAGUGGUUCAUCACAGGUCUCUGCUUCGCAAAGACAGCAGAAAAUCCUAGACAAAGAUGGUGACAACAAGAAAGUUUUCAUUGAGGUUGCAAUAGAAGAAAUUAAGGAUACCGCAACUGUUUCAGUGAAAAAAGACAUUGCUACCUGCUGUGACGAUGAUCUAAAAUAACAUAACUGGACCCAACAUGUUGACUAUGUGUUUUCUAGAAUAUUGUAGUCAUGAGGUAAACUUAUGUCUACAAUGAACACCGACUGAUUACCAAUGCAUGCAUGUAUGUUAACCAUUGAAAGUUUCUAUAUACAUGUAUUAGAUAACCAAAAGUG